CGGGGUUUAUGACUUUGCGGCUGUCGUAACUAGCGACCACCGGGUAAAUAAAUUACUUUAUAGAGCUCAAUAUAUCUUGCACUGUUCAUAUAACGAUUAGAAUGAAGAAGAUUUACUUUAACGCGAAAUUUCUAAAUAUUUGAAAGUGGGGAGGGCAUGUAGUUUCGAUUUUGCUUUUAUCGCAUGGGGGAUUGGCUGUUGUGUUGUAUUGUAUCUCUCACCCUUUGCUCUCCAUAUUGUGCAACAUUUAGCUGAAUUCAGAGGAACUCGACCCAUAAAUUCGCAGUGAAGGUCUGAAGAGCCAUGGAAAUAUCUUUCGCAGGCAAGCGGGCCAUAGUCACCGGGGCAGGAAAAGGUAAGAAAACUACCACCAUAUUUAAAGAAACAGUGACAACGUCUGGUUUGCUGCAAAAAUACAACCAAAUGCACUUAGGAUAAGUAAACCAAACUUGUACAUGUUGUUUUGAGCUCAAACUAAGCAACAUCCAAUGUGUCCUGAAAGAACCACUGUCAUGUUUGUGGGUGACCGAAUAACCUAAACACGAUCGAAAUGUGUGUGUCAGGUUGGCCGUCACACUGAGCUCUCCAGUGAGUAAUGGUCAUUGUGUUUAUGGAUAUUUUCACACAGGCAUCGGCCGGGCCACAGCGCUUGCUCUGGCGCGCUGCGGGGCAGAGGUCGUGGCUGUCACACGCACGCGGGCUGACCUGGAUAGCCUUCUUCUGGAGGUAACCCCCCCUGCACCACUCAUAAACACCCCCCAUACCCCUACAACAGUGGUGGUCGGUGCUGUUUAAGAUUGGGGAGGAAGUGGUUUUUUUAAUGAGCAUGGCCUUAUUUCUAUUACAGCAUACUGGAUGUCUGUCAUUCAUAUUUCAUUCAUCUAGCUAAAUGUGAUACUCAAAUGUUCCCUAUACCCAUGAUGAGGUUGCUACAACCUAGCCUAAGAAUGAAAGUUUAUAAUGUAGGUGCACAUGUCAAGAGACAAAUUGGAGUAAUCAAGGUAACAGACAGUGACACUUUCAAUAACGCCUUGCACACUCUUGCCUGCAUCUAGCUGAUCUUGACUUGGAAGAGUUCCAGUGUUGGAUAGCCUUAGCCAGCUAGCUAACAUAAAUAGCAUUCCUCUCGGUUUGAGCCAGGUGUUUGAGUAGACUAAAUUAGCUAGCUGCAUUAGCUAGCUAAGUAAGUGAAAGUGAAAAAAUAAAACAAAAUAUAGCUAGCUCUCUCUCUGUUGCUUCUCCUUAAUUUUUGAAGAAAUUAAUUUGUUCAAAACUUGUUCAACUAUUGUCUUUCUCUCUCUUUGAGUCAACUACUCACCACAUGUUAUGCACUGCAGUGCUAGCUAGCUGUAGCUUAUGCUUUCUGUACUAGAUUCAUCCUCUGAUCCUUUGAUUGGAUGGACAACAUGUCAGUUCAUGCUGCAAGAGCUCUGAUAGGCUGGAGGACAUUAUACAGUCGUCAUAAUUACCGUGUAAGUCUAUGGAAGGAGGUGAGAACCAUGAGCAUCCUAGGUUUUGUAUUUAAGAUGGAUGGUCCUCCCCUUCCUCCUCUGAGGAGCCUCCAGUGCAUUACGACCCUCAUAUCCCCCAAGCCCAGCCCCCCUCCACUGCUCAGGGUCCUGACCCCCCGUUGUUUGCUCUUUUGUCCCCUUAUAGGACCUCUCCUCUCCACUAGCCAUAUACGCAUAUCAUUAGAGGCUAGCUAGUUUUCCCCGCUGCUCUUUUCACCUCCAUGUCCCAUUGUUUCCGCUCCGUGACGAGAGAUGAUGGGAGAUUCUUUGCGGUGAUUCGUUGAGGUGCUUCUCUCUGUUGUCUUUUCUCUCUAUGUGAUUGGUUCUGGUGCUGGUUGUUCCCUGCAGUGUCUGUCCAUCAGGCCAGUGUGUGUGGACCUUGGGGACUGGGGGGCCACAGAGGAGGCGCUACGUGAGGCCGGCGGUAAUGUGGAUCUGCUGGUGAAUAACGCAGCCUAUGCCAUGCUGCAGCCCUUCCUAGAGGUCACCCCCGACCAGUUUGACAUGUAAAGACGCACUCAUUGCUGUUCUUUAAAUCAGCAAUUCUCAACUGGCGGGGGGGGGGGGGGUGUUUCGAAUGAAAAAACAACAACACAUUUUUAUAAUUUUUUUGGGGAAAUGAAAAAUACUCCAGUCUGAACUUAAACUACUAAAGCCAGGUAGAAAGUGUGUAGAAAUGAUAAUGAAUCUACAUUUUAAAAACAAUUUGUCCGAAUUUUUGUAUUUUCAAUAGAGCUUUUAGCAGCGCUAUUUAGCGUAUUUGGUAGAUUUUUUUUAUUGGUCUCAAACCAGUGAGCUUACUAACAUUCUUCAUCAAGAAUAUGGGCAAAAUUGAUUAUUGACAAUGGAAAUGGUUGGAAUGUUGAUCCAUUGUCAUAUAAAUUGCUACAUUUACUAUCAAUAUUGCAUUAAAAAUAGCUUUUUGAUGAUUUUGUAUCGCAAUGUGAAUAUUGGGUUGCAACUGAGACAACCUGGGCCAAUUUGAGUCCCGAGGCAAAACCAGUUGAGAACCACUGCUUUAAAUCAUGUUGUGAUUGUAAUUCAUAUUUAUAGAAGUGAAACACAAGUCACUCAAGACUCAGUAUAAGGACUUUGUAUUAGACCUACAUAUUAGACCUGUUCAUUUAAACAUGGUUUAAAAAUAGCUUUCCAGAUAACAUGGUUUAAAUAAACAAGGUAUGUCUGUGUUACCUCCAGGUGGCUAGUUACACAGCAGAAAUAUUCCAAACAUAGCUUUAUAUCUGGACAUUAAUAGGAAUAUCUCAUAAAUCCCAUUAAGAUGUAUUGAUUCCUUCCUAUUACCAGAUCCUUUAACAUCAACGUGAAGGCUGCCCUCCAUGUCUCUCAGGUAAGAAAAGGCUGUCAGAAAUGGAAUUGGCUCCCUGUAAGAUAGUUAUAUGUUAUACUUAACAGUUUCUCCAUACUCACUGUGCGUUCUCUGUCUCUCUCUCUUUCUCUCUCUCUGUGUGUGUGUAGAUCGUGGCCCGGGGUAUGAAGGCCAGAGGAACAGGAGGCUCCAUAGUGAACAUCUCCAGCCAGGCGUCUCAGUGUGCCCUCCGAGACCACACUGUCUACUGUAAGUCACUGACACAGAGAGGGACCAGACAGCGUAACACAUACAGUGGGGAGAACAAGUAUUUUGCAGGUUUUCCUACUUACAAAGCAUGUAGAUGUCUGUAAUUUUUAUCAUAGGUACACUUCAACUGUGAGAGACGGAAUCUAAAACAAAAAUCCAGAAAAUCACAUUGUAUGAUUUUUAAGUAAUUAAUUUGCAUUUUAUUGCAUGACAUAAGUAUUUGAUACAUCAGAAAAGCAGAACUUAAUAUUUGGUACAGAAACCUUUGUUUGCAAUUACAGAGAUCAUACGUUUCCUGUAGGUCUUGACCAGGUUUGCACACACAGCAGCAGGGAUUUUGGCCCACUCCUCCAUACAGACCUUCUCCAGGUCCUUCAGGUUUCGGGGCUGUCGCUGGGCAAUACAGACUUUCAGCUCCCUCCAAAGAUUUUCUAUUGGGUUCAGGUCUGGAGACUGGCUAGGCCACUCCAGGACCUUGAGAUGCUUCUUAUGGAGCCACUCCUUAGUUGCCCUGGCUGUGUGUUUCGGGUCGUUGUCAUGCUGGAAGAACCAGCCACGACCCAUCUUCAAUGCUCUUACUGAGGGAAGGAGGUUGUUGGCCAAGAUCUUGCGAUACAUGGCCCCAUCCAUCCUCCCCUCAAUACGGUGCAGUCGUCCUGUCCCCUUUGCAGAAAAGCAUCCCCAAAGAAUGAUGUUUCCACCUCCAUGCUUCACGGUUGGAAUGGUGUUCUUGGGGUUGUACUCAUCCUUCUUCUUCCUCCAAACACGGCGAGUGGAGUUUAGACCAAAAAGCUCUAUUUUUGUCUCAUCAGACCACAAGACCUUCUCCCAUUCCUCCUCUGGAUCAUCCAGAUGGUCAUUGGCAAACUUCAGACGGGCCUGGACAUGCGCUGGCUUGAGCAGGGGGACCUUGCGUGCGCUGCAGGAUUUUAAUCCGUGACGGCGUAGUGUGUUACUAAUGGUUUUCUUUGAGACUGUGGUCCCAGCUCUCUUCAGGUCAUUGACCAGGUCCUGCCGUGUAGUUCUGGGCUGAUCCCUCACCUUCCUCAUGAUCAUUGAUGCCCCACGAGGUGAGAUCUUGCAUGGAGCCCCAGACGGAGGGUGAUUGACCGUCAUCUUGAACUUCUUCCAUUUUCUAAUAAUUGUGCCAACAGUUGUUGCCUUCUCACCAAGCUGCUUGCCUAUUGUCCUGUAGCCCAUCCCAGCCUUGUGCAGGUCUACAAUUUUAUCCCUGAUGUCCUUACACAGCUCUCUGGUCUUGGCCAUUGUGGAGAGGUUGGAGUCUGUUUGAUUGAGUGUGUGGACAGGUGUCUUUUAUACAGGUAACGAGUUCAAACAGGUGCAGUUAAUACUGGUAAUGAGUGGAGAACAGGAGGGCUUCUUAAAGAAAAACUAACAGGUCUGUGAGAGCUGGAAUUCUUACUGGUUGGUAGGUGAUCAAAUACUUAUGUCAUGCAAUAAAAUGCAAAUUAAUUACUUAAAAAUCAUACAAUGUGAUUUUCUGGAUUUUUGUUUUAGAUUCCGUCUCUCACAGUUGAAGUGUACCUAUGAUAAAAAUUACAGACCUCUACAUGCUUUGUAAGUAGGAAAACCUGCAAAAUCGGCAGUGUACCAAAUACUUGUUCUCCCCACUGUACAUCCCAUCAAAACACACAGCAGCUAUAGUGCCAUUAUAUCAGUGAACUCAUUAAAUCUUGAUAUAGUUGAUAUUUGAAUGGAUACGGUCUUUCUGUGUGUGCAGGUUCCACUAAAGGAGCUCUGGACAUGCUGACUAAGGUUAUGGCCCUGGAGCUUGGACCCUAUCAGGUAACUACAGGAGGACUGACCCAAUAGCAGAGAGCACACAUCAAGACACACAUGGUUCUUCUGAUGUCAAACCAGUACAUUACAUCUCUGUCUGCAACAGUUGUAUUGUAUUGUGGUGGCAGCAUCAUGUUAUGGGUAUUCUUGUCACCGGCAGGGACUGGGAAGUUUGUCAGGAUCAAAAGAAACAUGAAAGGAGCAAAGCCCCAAUAAAAAGUUAGAGGAAACCCUGCCUCAGUCUUCUUUAUACCUAACCCUGGGAUAGUUUUAUUUUUCAUGCAGGACAAUUACAAAUGUUUUUAUGCCAAAGAUACCAGAAUGGCUUUCCAAUGGGUGUUGAGUGUUCCUGAAUUGUCUAGUCUCCAUCCUGACUUAAAUCUGUUUGAAAUCAGAGACAAGGUUUGAAUAUUACUGCCCAUCAACCAAAUUUACUGAGCUUGAGAAAUUUUGACAAAAAACGAUGGAUAUAUGUUGCCCUAAGAGCAGUGGUGUGUCCAGGGGUGUCCCAGUGUGGCCACGGCCUCCCCUGAAAUCUGAUUGGCAACUCCACUCCCCCCCCCAGAAAUUCUGAGAUCUGAUAGGUCGUCUCUGAAUAUAUUGAUAAUUCUGACCAAGACGCGCACCAACAGCAAGCCUCAUCAAUCUCACCGGAGAAAGCAUCCAAGUGAGCAAAACUGUGCCCCUGAAGCUAGGACAGCAGAGUCCCCCCCCAUCUUCAGAAAACAUCGGAAGCCCUACCUCUUCAGAGUAUCCCCCUUUCGUGAACUAACACUCACACUUGACUUUUCCCCCUACUAGCACUGACUUUGCUGAUAGCUACUUUAUUGAGGAAAAAUGUACUUACUAUGACUGAGAUACACUGAGUGUACAAAACAUUAGGAACACCUUCCUAAUAUUGAGUUGCACCCCCGUUUGCCCUCAGAAAAAGGUGUCGAAAGCAUUCCACAGGGAUGCUGGCCCAUGUUGACUCCAAAGUUUCCCACGGUUGUGUCAAGUUGGCUGGAUGUCUUUUGGGUGGUGGACCAUUCUUGAUACACACAGGAAACUGUUGAGCGUGGAAAAACCCAACAGCGUUGCAGUUCUUGACACAUGCAAACCGGUAUGCCUGGCACCUACUACCAUACCCCGUUCAAAGGCACUUAAAUAUUUUGUCUUGCCCAUUCACCCCCUGAAUGGCACACAUACACAAUCCAUGUCUCAAUUGUCUCAAUACUUAAAAAUCCUUCUUGAACCUGUCUCCUCCCCUUCAUCAAUAACAUCAAUAAGGGAUCAUAGCUUUCCCCUGGAUUCACCUGGUCAGUCUAUGUCAUGGAAAGUGUUCCUAAUGUUUUGUACACUCAGUGUAUGUGGUUGUCCCACCUAGCUACCUUAAGAUGAAUGCACUAACUGUAAGUCGCUCUGGAUAAGAGCGUCUGCUAAAUGACUAAAAUGUAAAUGUAAAAAUAUAUGUGUAGCCCAUGUAUCUGAGUCUGUAUGGCCAAAAGGAGUAUGACAUGUCAUAUUAUUUUGGCCAGACGGCACCAGAUACAUGGGCUACACAUACUAAGAGAGAGGGGCGCUGUUUGCCUUGCUCUGAUGCUUUCUCUGGUGAAAUAGAUUCAGCCUCUUGCUAAUUGAAGGAAAAUUAUGAAACACGGAUAGACACGAAUGAGAAAUAAUUGUAUACCUUUUGUUUCUUUUUUUAUUGUAACAUUUGUUGGGUACCAUGAAUACACUACACUUUGUAGGCUGAAUGUCAUCAGACUUAUGGUGUUUGUAAAAUAUCUCUGUUUCAAUUCAAAUGGCGGGUGCACAGUGCACUGUUCGGAUGCUGGACUUAUUUUGGAGUAGAUGAACAUGCGCAGGUCACCUACUUAACCUACUUUUUGAAGUGUUGGUAGAAUCUUAUUCAGAAUCUCUUCAUUUUAAUUGUUUUAAUAAUUCAGAAAUGUUCUAUACUUUUCCUUUCACUGGAAAGCUGGCAAAAAAUAUCAAAUGUAAUAUUUUUUUUAUUGAAUUUUAAGGCAGCAAAAAUGUGAAGACCUUCACUAGGCAUGUAUUGGUUAUCUAGAGUGACUAGGGUUAAGUGUCUUGCUCAAGGGCACAUUGACAGAGUUAUCACGUAGUCAGCUUGGGGAUUUGAACCAGCGACCUUUUGGUUACUGGCCCAACACUCUUAACCGCUAGGUUACCUGCCUUAUUGACUGAUAAGUAUUGAUUGAUGUGGUGUACUUGUUUCUUGCUAGAUCCGUGUGAACAGUGUGAACCCCACAGUCGUAAUGACUGAGAUGGGGAGACUGGGAUGGAGCGACCCUGACAAGGCCAAGACCAUGACCUCACGCAUCCCUCUGGGACGAUUUGCAGGUCACAUACAUGUUGUUUUCUUACUAAUAUGUUAUUUAUAUACUGUAUAUUAGAUGUACUCGUCUUUGUUAACACAGCUAACCAUGGACAUCUGAUCACCCAUAUACUGCCCAACCACACUCUUAAUCAUGUGAUAGCGGCACAUGGUGAUGUGGGUGUCUGUUACUUUAUGGUUGUGUGAGUGUGUAUUAUUAUAUGGUGACGUGUGUGUGUGUGUGUGCAUGCGUGUGUUCCUCCCUGCAGAGGUGGAGGAUGUGGUGAACUCUAUCCUGUUCCUGCUCAGCGAUAAGAGUUCUAUGACCAACGGGGUCACUCUGCCUGUGGACGGAGGCUUCCUGGCCUGCUAACCUCUCACCUUCUCAUUCUACCUCUUGAUUGGCAGGCGUAGUCAUAUCCCAUGUUUCCAUGGUGUCCACUAGUACCUUUUUCAUUCCUCUUCAAUCACUGAUUAUAUUCAGACUUGAUUUUGUUUUAUUUUACUGAUUACAUGUAUCACCCAGAACAAUAAAACCUUAAUGAAUCUUUGAGCUGCCCUGUUUGUUGUAAUCUUAAAAAAUUGAAUUUAUUUAGCAAAUUGUGGUUGCAGAUUGUGGGUGUGUGUUCGCUUAUAGACAAAACUGCUGGAUGAGACUAGUGUAAUGCAGUAUGAUGACACAAACAAAAAUGUGUUUACAAAACACAAUACAG